UCUCGGCGCCUCAGGUCCCUGAAAACCUUUGUGCCUCAAAAUUUCACAGAAUUUGAUGAAACUGAAAGAGACAAGCUACAACCACCGACCACCUAAACUCGGUUCCUCGCUCCACGCCUCACGCUCUUCUCUCCUACAGACCUCAACACUCGCCAUUUCUGUGUCUUUCUACAACCUCGCACGUGUAUCGAGAAUUUCGCAUCCCAUAAUCUGAAUUUGAUGCCUUUCAAGGACGGUUAUUCAACUGCUUGCCGUUUCGUCAGUAAUUCCCGUGUGCUACGCUUUACAGAACUUUUUUGCUUAUUCAAAUUCCAACGUCUAAAGAUAAUACACGAGUGCAGUUUUUCAGUGAGAGAGAGUAUGAUCAUUUCCUGCCACAAGAACAUCAGCAAGUUCUAGCCUUUGGUGUUUGCAGGCCGCAGUUGGGGCGGUUUUUGAGAUAGGUUUGUAAUAAAUUAGUCGAGAUCUGGGUUGCUUCGAAGUCUAUAGACAGAUAUGGAGCCUCCAAAAGGGUUUUUGGCUUCUUUGUGGAACCUUAUUCGCUUUCUCCCUUUCUUCAUUGGGCUUCUACUUCUGGGUACUACUAAAGGUAUCAUUUUCUGCCCAUUGGUAUGCCUUAUCAUGGCAAUUGGAAACUCUGCUAUCAUAUUAGGUCUUUGGCCAUUCCAUAGUUUUUGGACGUAUUAUUCAAUUAUAAGAGCUAAACAAUUAGGGCCACUUCUGAAGAUUGUUCUCUGUGUAUUUCUGCCAGUUCCCUUGAUACUGUGGCCGGUUCUCAGCAUUGUUGGAAGUAUUGUGGGUGGUGCACUGUAUGGUUUUCUUUCACCAGUAUUUGCCACUUUUGAUGCAGUUGGAGAAGGGAAGACUAAGGAGCUUUACCACUGUUUUGUUGAUGGAACUUGGGACACUGUUAAAAAGAGUUGCACUAUUGUCCGUGAUUUUGGAGAUGUUUGUUAUCAUUCUUAUUUAUCAUAUAUGGAUGACCUACAACGACAACAACCUCCUGAUAGGAAAUAUUAUGAGAUCAGAUUGCUUUACCUUGCAGGUGCUAUUAUUGCUGGUUUACUUGGUGUCAUGCUCGACUUUCCACUUAUUUCAUUUGUUGCCCUCUACAAAAGCCCAUACAUGCUCUUUAAGGGGUGGCAUCGUCUGAUUCAUGACCUCAUAGGACGGGAAGGCCCAUUCUUGGAGACAAUAUGUGUACCAUUUGCAGGUCUUGCUAUCCUUCUCUGGCCAUUGGCUGUUGUUGGAGCAGUUUUGGGCUCCAUGGUAUCCAGCAUCUUCCUUGGUGCUUAUGCAGGCGUGGUUGUUUAUCAGGAUUCCUCAUUUUGGUUCGGGCUUUGCUAUAUUGUCGCAUCUUGGGCUAUUUAUGAUGAAUACAGCAAUGACAUCUUAGACAUGUCAGAAGGAUCUUGCUUUCCGAGGCCGAAGUACCGAAAAGCUGAACUGACAAAGAGCACAUCUCGUGCACCCUCUUUUUCAAGGCCUAGUUCUUUUCAAAAUCGACUCAAGCGCACAGAGUCUCUUACACCUAUGCUUGAUCUAAAACCAUUUGCGGUGCUUGAUGCCUUAUUUAAGGAGUGUCAACGCCAUGGGGAGCAUUUUCUUUAUGAAGGAUUAAUAACACCAAAAGACAUUGAAGAUGCCAAGGCUAACAAGGGUGGCACUGUGGUUAGCAUUGGCUUGCCAGCUUAUUGCCUUCUUCAGGCGCUCCUGCGCUCUGUGAAAGCCAAUUCUGAGGGUAUUUUGUUGAGCGACAAUAUGACUGAGUUGACAAGCUCAAACAAACCAAAAGAGGCCUUCUUUGAUUGGUUUUUUAACCCCUUUAUAAUAAUGAAAGACCAGAUUAAAGUACUACACCUUUCCGAUGAAGAAGAGGAUUAUCUCUGCAAACUAGUAUUGUUGAACGGCGACCCCAUGAAGUUGAAAAGUGUAAAUAUUGGUCCAGCACCAGAUUCUGAACGUAAACGAGCUGAACUUGAUGCACUAGCUCGAAGGCUUCAAGGGAUUACUAAAUCUGUAUCAAGAUAUCCUACAUCAAGACGUCAUUUCCAAAAUCUUGUCAAGACAUUAUCAGAAGAUCUGGCGAAGAAGAAUCGUGACAACAAGUCAAGCAAUGCAACCCGAGCAUUUUCAAGAUCAAGAAGUGCCUUUGCUGUCUUCCAAAGAUCUUUUAAAAAUAGAUCAAGCUACAAUAGUUCUGAUCAAACGUCACAAGCAGUUGAAAGGGAUAUGGAAAUUGUAUGACAAUAGGUGUUAGUAGAGGAACAGAAACCAUCUCAUUUUUAAUUUGUUUUUGCUAAGUGUAAUUUAUUAUUUUAAUCAUCUUGGUU